ACAGGAAGCUCAAGCAAGAGACCGAUAUAUGAGCCAUCUGAUUUCAUUGAUAACAUUUCAAUUUUAUCUAAAACGGUUUCGCUUGAAUCCAUAACCAAUAAUCAAAUCCUUUUAAAGUUAGAGGAGGAUGGGUUAACUACUCCAGAUGAAAAAGCAAAGGAACUUUUAAUGAGGUUGGAAUUUCAUUUACGAGCUUGGUCAGCAGCUUUGGAACAGAUAAGCUUUUCACAAAUAGUUCUUUGUAAGGAACUUCGAGAUAAAAUUUACAAUUCCAUAGCAAAAUUUGCGAAAUAUCAUCGUAAAAAUAUACAAGUUAUUGAAGAAGGAUUUGAUAGUCUUAGAUCAACUUUCAAUCCAUCCAAUCAAAGAAGAGUCUAUAAUGAUAAAAAUUUUAUUAAAAGACGAAAUUAUAAUAUUGACUUUUUAUUAAUCCACUUGCGGGAUACACUACAUAGUCUUCGUGAUGACGAAACUUGGUUUAAAGAAGUUUUAAGAAGAACCAAAGAAUUAUUAAAGUUCGCUUUAAACAUUACACCUGGACUUUUGUCAAUCUUAGCACCUGCGGUUAUCUUACCAUUUGAUAAUAGUGCAUCGUUUGUUCAAUUGCGUCAAGGUUUAAGUUUCAAAUAUCCGAUAGCGUCUUAUUAUUUGGAUUGGAGAAUCAUGUUGAUUAUUCAAUAUAACCUUUUUAAUUGGUCAGAAACCAUGUUAAAUUCUCAAAAUGAAUUCGAUCAAAUAUUAAAUAAGCUUGUCAGGAGUUUGAAAACUACUGGAGGUUUUAUAAGUGACAUGGUCGGAAAUGAACCACUCGCAUUACCAAAUAUGUUAUGGUUUGGAAUGUUGGAUCUCGCACAAAAUCUCAUUCAAAAAUCUUCUCAACUGGUUAUACACGGUCUUUGUUAUUAUUUGGCAAUUGAUUCACUAAACAAAGCUCCAAGUAGUUUCAUUCAAUUUAAAGCAAUUGAGGUGUUGUUACAUUUGCAAAAUAUUAAUGAAGAAUCUUUCUCAAUGAUAGAACUUGAUUUCAAUCAAUAUGCUCAAAACUUAUAUGAAAAUAAUUCUACAGAUUAUUUGGAAAAAUUUCAAUGUUUAUUAUCAUUCGUUAAAGAAAAAUAUAUUAUCGCGAAUGAAAUGGCUUGUCCUAUCAGUCAAGAACCAGAGGAUCAAUUAUGUAUUUUGAAAUGUCAACAUGUGAUUUCAUUAAAUAAUUUAAAAAGGUUGAAACAUAGAGAAUGUCCAAUAUGUAGAGAAAGGAUUGAUUAUUAUGAUCUGGAUCAAAUAGAGAAUGAUCAUUAUGAGAGUGAGUUCGAUGAUUCUGAAGCUGAUAUGAUAAUUAAGAAAAAGUUUAGUAAAGAGUUCAAAAUGAGAACGAAUAGAUUCCAAUCAAUAUUUCAAAUUGCCAAUUCAAAAAAACAUCCAGAAUACAAGAACGUUAUAAAAGAAUUGGAUGACAAGAAUUAUGAGAGAGCUGUAGUAAAGUGUCGAGAUUAUUUAAAGGGUUUUCCUAAAAGUUAUACCAUAAGGUGUGUUAUAGCUUACGCGUAUAGGUGUCUUAAAAAAUAUGAGCAAGCAAAUUCAUAUUUAGAUGAAACAGUUGAGUUAAAGAAAAAAA